AAAGUUAUGCGUUGACAAACGUUUAAUGUUCUGUUGCAACUAAAAAGAGACCGAAGCAAGUACAUAAACAAGUAAUGAAAUUAAAGUGAUGAAACAACAAAGUGCCAUUAACGAGAGCUAUAUCUAUCUGCAUAUGGAUAUACAAAGGCAGGGGCGCUGGGGCGGGAAAUCAGUCAUCAGAAAGGGGGAAAUAGGGGUCGCCCGCGGAGGCGGGGAAGUCGGAAAGGGCGGCAAUGAUUCGGCGGAUGCUCAGAGUGCGAGCCGUCUUAAAGCUGGGUGCCGGGGAGAAGAUGUUGGAAGUCUUGGAGAGAAUGAAAUAAAUGAGAGCUUGUACCACUACAAACACCCCCACCUUCACCCACAUCAUCUCAUUCCCGCCGCCGCCGCCGCCCUCUAUCUCCAUGCUUCACUUUUCUUAAAGCUCACUGUCUUCUUCGCCGGCGACAACACCACAAUUUGUGUAUGUUUAUUAUAUAUACGAAAGAAUAUUUAGCUUAUUGAGAGAUCGAUU